GACGUCAGAGCAGUAAGACGCUGGUCGAAAGUCGCGAAGGGCUAGUGCGCGUCUCACAGACGAGUCGUGUUAGAAGGCAUGUCAUUCUCGACUUUUUUAUUCAACAUCUGUGUUUUAAACUCGCUAGGCGGCUCUUUCGAAUAGCCAGUGACAAUUCGAAGCAGUUUAAGCUUGAAGUGAUUUUACGUAAAUCUUCUUUUUAAUUCUCUUAGUUCUGAAUUGGUGGGUUGACCCUCGACAUGGAUAUUAGCUAACGUUAGCUUAGCUAGUCACCAAGAAGCCGACAUAACGGCGCACAAGAAGGAUUGUUUCACAGUUUUAUCGCUUUUAAACGUAGUUUAUGUGCCUGAAGUCGAGCUCUCUGAGGCAAAUCUUCGCCUUGGGUGUUGCCAAAGAAGGUCUGAAGUUCGGGUGAAGUAACUAACGUUAGUUGUUUAAGUAAGGCAAGAAAAUAAUUAGGGAGAUGUUGAACGCUAACAGUCCGCCGAAGUUUCCAAACCACCAGCAGCAACAGAAUCCAGUCCAAUUCAUGCUGGGAAAAACCUCAUUCCAGAUCAAGAAAAAUGCCAUAACUGACGACUACAAGGUCACUAACCAGGUCCUGGGGCUGGGCAUCAAUGGCAGGGUUCUGGAGAUCUUUCACAAGAGGAGUGGGGAUAAGUAUGCUUUAAAGAUGCUUCAUGACUGCCCCAAAGCUAGGCGAGAAGUAGAGCUACACUGGCGGGCCUCCUCGUGUACCCACAUCGUCAGGAUUAUUGACGUCUAUGAAAAUUUGUACCAAAACAGGAAGUGCCUUCUUAUUGUAAUGGAGUGCAUGGAUGGUGGAGAGCUGUUCAGUCGGAUUCAGGACAGAGGGGACCAGGCAUUUACUGAGAGAGAGGCUUCUGAUAUCAUGAAGAGUAUUGGAGGGGCCAUUGAGCAUUUACAUGCAAUAAACAUCGCACACCGAGACGUCAAGCCAGAAAACCUCUUAUAUACCUCUAAAAGGCCCAAUGCCGUUCUCAAACUGACAGACUUUGGCUUUGCAAAAGAGACAACCUCACACAACUCUCUGGCCACCCCUUGCUAUACGCCUUAUUAUGUUGCCCCAGAGGUUCUUGGUCCAGAAAAGUAUGACAAGUCCUGUGACAUGUGGUCUUUGGGUGUCAUCAUGUAUAUUCUGCUCUGUGGUUACCCGCCUUUCUAUUCCAACCACGGAUUGGCUAUAUCCCCUGGUAUGAAGAAACGAAUCCGCAUGGGACAGUACGAGUUUCCGAAUCCUGAAUGGUCUGAAGUUUCAGAGGAAGCCAAGCACCUCAUCAGAACAUUGCUGAAAACUGAGCCCACACAAAGGAUGACCAUUACAGAGUUUAUGAACAACCCCUGGAUCAAUCAAUCAAUGGAGGUACCACAGACGCCGCUACAUACUAGCCGUGUGCUAAAAGAGGAGAAAGACACUUGGGAGGAUGUCAAGGAAGAAAUGACUAGUGCCUUGGCAACAAUGAGAGUCGACUAUGAGCAAGUCAAAAUCAAGAGGAUCGAAGACUCAUCCAAUCCACUGCUGAUGAAGAGGAGAAAGAAAGCUAACAAUUUGGCUCCUGAAAACGAGACGCCCUCCUGCUAAGGACACAUUCACUCUGUAGCAAACACACAUUUUACACUCGUACAUCAGUUGAAAAGUUUGAUUUAAGGAAGAAAUAUCUCAACAAAGAAGUUAAAGCAGGAGUUUUUUCUUGUUUUAUAUUUGCAUUUGUAACAUCUGUAACCAAUACAUCACAUCCCUUACAAAAGAAAGGGGCUGUACAAUGAUGAUACAAGACAAUACAUUUUGCAUUCAUUUUUUUUCCCUUUCUCUCCUUUUUUUUUUUUUAAUCAAAUGUCGUUGGGACAUGAGUUAGGUCAUGAGUUAAACCCAUUUAACACUGUUUAAUGAUGUUCAAUUCUGAGUUAUAAGAUGGCUCAAAAUAAGUUGCCCUGUAUUAGAAUUGUUCUGAGAAGCCUAUGCAUAGUGCUAGCUUUGCUGUUUGUUCUUCAUUAUAUUUGUCAUUUAUGGCUGCACUUGAAUGCUCUUUUGCAGUAAAAGACAGUACUGGUGUCCAGAUGAAAAUGUAUUUUUAAAAUGACUCUUUGAAUGUAGACGCACACUGUUCUUUACUGUGAAAAUGUCUGUCAGUAUUGUUCAGGUUUCUGUCAAGUAAAACACAAAAUCUUGUUUGAGCUUUAGAUCCAAAAAGCCUUCAGAUUGAGAGGGAUACAGCAUUUUGCCCUUAUUUCUCAUUGGUUUUGAUCAGGCUUACCAUGAAAAGCCAGUCCAACACAUUGUUCUAGCCUUCUGCUUGCUCAAUGAUAUGCUUAUUGCACAUCGUUUUGGGUGCACAAUGAUUUGCAUUGCAUUGGUUCUAUGCAUAUUUGUUUUCAACUCUUUUUUUCCUCAGUGGUUUAUAAAGAAUGUUAACCCAUGCUCUGGUUUCAUUUCACAUAUACCUGUUUAAAAAAACAGUAGACAUGUGUUGGUUAACCCACCACCUUGAAUUGCAAAGCCGUUUGUAUUUUCUUAAGUGUGUAAUGAAUGCUUUUGAAAAUGGGAUCUUUGUGAAGGUGAUGGUUCUUUGUCUGUGGAAUGAAUAUAUGCGAUAGCCGUAGAAUGUACUCUUCAUUAUGCCAGUGCAUUUUUUGUUUGUCGUGUCUGUUUAUUGCCUACCAUGCAGUAAGUGUUUGAAUGCACCUGUUGAGAGCAGCUUAUAGGUACCAGGUGUUAAGGCCUCAUGUUCUGGAAAUGUUUAAGGGAUGCAGGGAAUCCUGCGCAUCCUGCAAACUCAUUUAUAGCUGCUCUGAUUGACGUAUGCUGAAAGGUUUUUUAUUUUUUCUAUAUAGUUUUUUUUUUUUUUUUUUUUACUGUAUUUUCAUGUUUGUUGUGUGAUCGAUCUUUUAAGGACAUGAUUUAAUGCUCACAAUGUUGAACGCAUAGAGUCAGUGUACUCCUGAACAGCAGAUAACUCCAUCAUGAUAUCAGUUCCCUGCUUGCAAAUGACUAAACUUUUUUUUUUUUUUUUUUACUGUUUGUGGUUUCUUUGAUUUUGCCUCUUUGUAGGAUCUUUUCACAUACAUUCAUUUCUAAAAGCAAAGACUACAAUAUUAUCAAAGUUGAAAAACAGACUAGAAUUCCCACAAAAUGUAAUAUUAACAGGCAAAGAUUGAUACGUGUCCUGUUUUUAGUAUUUAACUGCUGUACUUGGUCUGCUUCAACUUGAAUUAAAGCACAUACAAACCCAA